CGUGACGUCAGUUUUCAACAUGCCGGUCGAAAAUUUGGAAGAACAAGGUUUGGAGAAGAAUCCCAAUCUUCAGCUACCGCAAUGGAGAUUUAGGCUCGGAACAGAUCGUUACAAGAAUGAUAAAACAAUUCAGAAUAACUUAAUGGAGGCUAUUAAAGCAGAUAAUAUGACACCCUUUUAUGAAGAAGUUGCAGCCGAGUUUGGCUGGAAGGUAGACACGCAGCUUGUUGCCAAGAUGAGAGCAGCCAACGAGGGACACCUGAAGGAUCUUGAUAGUAAAAUAGAGGAUGCCGAGAAAAAUUUAGGCGAAACAGAAGUUCGAGACUUCAUGUUGAACAAAGCAGAAUAUUAUUGUAAAAUUGGAGACAAAGAGAAUUGUUUAUCACAGUUCCGUAAAACAGGUGAAAAAACAGUGACGCUAGGCUAUAAAUUGGACAUGGUAUUCCACCAAAUUCGACUAGGUCUUUUUUAUAUGGAUCAUGAUCUCAUUACAAGAAAUUUGGAAAAAGCACAAAGUCUGAUAGAUGAAGGUGGAGAUUGGGACAGAAGAAACCGACUAAAGGUUUACAAAGGAGCCUACAGCAUGGCUAUAAGAGACUUUAAAACAGCAGCUAACUUAUUCCUAGACACAGUGGCUACAUUCACCUCAUAUGAACUGAUGGAUUAUAAGGAUUUUGUUACAUAUACUGUGCUGUGCAGUGUUAUAGCCCUUGAAAGACCAAAACUUAGAGAAAAGGUGAUCCGUGGAUCUGAGAUUCUAGAAGUUCUACAUAGCCUGCCUGAAGUGAAGGAAUAUCUUUUCUCUAUGUAUGAGUGUCAAUAUGAAUCAUUCUUCAAACAACUAGCCCAGAUGGAAGAGAAACUGAAGUAUGACAGGUACCUGUCCAAGCACUACAGGUUCUACGCUAGGGAGAUGAGAGUGCUUGCGUAUGCCCAGUUGUUAGAGUCUUAUCAGAGCCUUACUCUCGUAUAUAUGGCCAAGGCAUUUGGAGUCACAGUCGAGUUUAUUGACAGGGAGCUGUCCAGGUUUAUCUCACAAGGACGACUUCACUGCAAGAUUGACAAAGUUGGCGGCAUUGUAGAAACUAACAGACCAGACAGCAAAAACCAUCAAUACAUGGCUCUUAUAAAACAGGGAGAUUUACUUCUAAACAGACUCCAAAAGCUCAGCCGUGUCAUCAAUAUAUAACAACAGAAUUAAUAGCACAUGUUGGGACAAUAGAACUGUUGACCAUGAACACUACAAUAUAAAUCAGCAGGACGUGCCAGCUAAUAAAGGCCUAACAAUGAGGCAUAAAAGGGCUGUUUCUGAAAGGACAGUUGAUAUUCAUAUUUUCAAUAAGAUUGUCCCUAAUACAUUCUCAGCUCUAUUUGGUGGUGUUUUUGAUAGUCUCUGUGCUUCACUAGCACUUAGUACUGCAACAAAUUGCCAUGAACCUAAGAACUACAACCAUUGUACUGUGAUGUACCUAAUGCACUGUUUAUCUGUAGCCAUUUCAAACAUUUAAAUGUCAGCAUGCCUAUCUUUGUGUUAGAAAAUAUACUUGUUCAUUUUGUAUAAAAGAAAAUACCCGUAUGUUGUUUUACCAUUAUUAAUAUCUGAUUGGAAAACUGUUGAAUCAGAGGCACCUUUAAUUUCCC